GAUACGGAUGGUCGCACAGCGGGAGGCGAUGUGCGCGCCACCGGCCGCCGGAGUCGACGAUGUCGGUGAGCAGCGACAUACGGUUCACGAGGCGCAAGCUCAGUCGGCCCUGCCGCGGAUGCUGCGCCGCGCUGGCGUCGCUGCUGGUGCUACUCUUGCUGGCAGCCGUCGCGGUCUACUUAGGACACAUGUACCUGUUCGGUGACCCGCUAAACCGGCAGACAUUCCGGGGCUCGUUCGUGGUGGGCUCGUGGGGGGAGCGCCCCGAGGGCAGGGACCUGCACAACGACACGAGGGAGGCGCGCCUGCAGAGGGCGCUCGUCGAUUUAUAUCAGGACUCCGAGCUUCGCUCGUGUUUUGUGUCCGCCGAGAUCCUCGCAUUAGAUAACGUGGAAGAAGGCGAACGGGUCCACUUCGAGGUAUCGUUCGAGCCGAUCUUCACGGCGGUGACGACGGGCGAGGUGGCCGCGGUGCUGUCGCGCGAGCUGGCGGCGCCCACGCACCUGCAGCUCGUCUCGCUGCCGGAGACGCUGCAUAUUGAGGAAAAUUCUGUAAUAUCUUCCCUUGAAUUGGAAAACACCGAGACAACGCUCGAUGAUGAACCGACGACAGAAGCCAUGACGACUGAGGUGGAAGAAAUCAGCAAGUGCUACCCGAAGACGCUGUCGAUAUGUUCCCACUUGCCAUACAAUACGACCACUUACCCCAACCUCGUGGGACACACGUCCAAAGACGCCAUUUUGAGGGACCUCGUCGCGUUCAGGGAGCUUUUCGAUGCUGAAUGUUCUCAUCUUGCUCAGGACUUCGUAUGCCAAAUGCUGCAGCCUCGCUGCGACCUAGGCCGGCUGGUGAGACCCUGUCGCUCGUACUGCCGCGCUUUCCACGCGGGCUGCGGCGCGCGACUCCCCGAGCGGUUGCGGGCCUAUUUCGAUUGCUCGCACUUUCCCGACUACUUCGGGCCCGGGUCUUGUAUGCCAGAACCAGAUUGCCUGGGAGGUCUGAACCGGCUGGCGCUAUCCCGGCGCGCGUGCGACGGCAUCCCGGACUGCGCGGACGCAGCGGACGAACGCGGCUGUGCGCACUGCGGCGCCGGCGGCGGGCUGCGCUGCGCACUGCACCCGCACUGCCUGCCCUCGCACUUGCACUGCGAUGGAACACCAGACUGCCCUGAUGGCAGCGAUGAAGUCGGCUGCUUAUGGAUCACGCGAUCGCUAGCAGCAUGGCGGCGCGAGCGCGGCGAGGCGACUCUGGGCGCGGUGCGAGGACGCGGCGGUUACGCGGUGUGGUCGGAACGCGGCCGCGACGGCAAGAUAUGCGCCGCGCCCUACGAAGCCGACAAGCGCGCUCUCAAGAGCGUCGCCACUUCUCUCUGCAGGGCUAUGAGUUUUAGCGCUGCAUUGAAUGUGGAGGUGGUAUCUGAUGCCGAAGAAUUGAAGAGUGAGCAUCCAGAAUACGUAGAAGUGGUAGAUCCCUUCGCGCCAGAAAUAUCGUUUCUGAAGAGCGAAUGUCCGCAGCGCAAAGUCAUCAAAGUUAUCUGCGAUCAGUUGGAAUGUGGCAUCCCAAGCGCUCGAGUGGCGCGCGCGCGUAGUGGCGUGGAAGGCCUGCCUCGUUCCGCACAGCCCGGCGACUGGCCCUGGCACGCGGCGCUGCUGCGCGCUAACGUGCACGCCUGCGACGCCGCGCUCGUGCACGCGUCAUGGCUGCUAACUACUGGCUCCUGCUUCCAGGGUCAACCCAACGUGGAAUGGAUUGCCAGAUUUGGCACGGUGCGCAUACAGAGCACAACACCGUGGCAGCAGGAGCGGCGCGUCGCAGAAGUGAUCCCUUCCCCCGUCGAAGGCAGCAUGCUGGCCCUACUGCGCCUUGAGAAACCCGUGGAGAUGACCGACUUUGUACGUCCCGUAUGUCUACCGGAGAACACCACCUCCGCCGACCACGCCAUCUGCAACACGCUGAGCUGGACACGGAAUAGAGACCAGCUCCAGAGAGUGCAAGUGAUCACUAGUCCGAUGAACAAAUGCGAGAACGUCAGCAUUGCAACUGUCAACGGAAUUUGUUCAGAAAGACUUUACGACAGUGAUGAUUGCGAUGAAGAAGAAUACGCUGGAAGUUCCAUGAUGUGCUUUGACGAGAAAACGAAGCACUGGUCUCUAGUUGGUGUAAGCGGGUGGCGAAUAGCCUGCUCAAAAAUAGGGCUUGGCCGGCCUCGAAUAUAUGACUCCAUUGCUUCACACCUUGACUGGAUCAAACAAUCUAUAUCCCACUAUCCAAGGUGACCUUUUAACAACUGAAGCUUCUGUAAAGACUGCAUUGUUAUUCUUAAUUGUUAAUUUAAUAAUACAAAAUUUGUAUGAUCAAGUAUUGAUAAGAAAAUAGUUUGUCAAACUUAAACAGGUGGUGAAGAGGUUGAGAGGUAACACUUGAGAUGAUGCAACAAUAUUUUAUAAAUGUUAUAAACUCUGUGACGAGAUUUAUCUGCAGACAAAAAUAAUUAAUGUUAGGUAUCUAUACAAAUUCAAUAAGAGCAGAGGCAAGAAUAAUCAUUAUUCUUGAAUUGAAAUAGGUAUACCUUCAAUAAAUUGGUACAGAAUUAUUUUUUCUUGUUUAUGAUAGCAAUAUCUAAAACUGUGAAGUAAAGUAAGUAACAAAAUAACACUGGAGUCUCAGAGUGAGUUAUGAAAAAAUAUUACCCUCACAAGAACUCACAAGGCAUCUAAUCCAGUCAUUAGAAAAAAAUCCUAUAAAACAACACACAGUUGAAAAUAUCACCCUGUAUAUUUAAUUAAUAUGAUGUUAUGUUUACAUGUUUAACUGUAAAGUUUAUGCCUUGUUAAUUACUAAACUUAUGCAAAUUACUAUGAUUUUUAUUGUAGGAUAAGAUAAUUUAUUUCAAAAUUGUGUCACUGGAGAAAAUAUCCACUUGGAUUCUAAUUAGAUGAAUAAGUUGCAAAUGUGUUCGAAACUAAAUAAGUAGGUAGGUAUCUGUUAAUUUUCAUUUCUAUGAAAAAGAAAU